GUUGCAUCUUCAGCUUUCACGGGAAAUUAUCUGGGCAGAUGUAAAUCAAGUGGAUAAUUGAUUAAAAGUUGUCACCUUGGGGAAAAAAGAGAUGGAAAGGAGCAUGCAUUGGUUUUAUGGAGGGUGUGUGUUGCAGGAAACUACAAACCCAGGUUUCUGGGGAACCACCUCUUGGUGGAACAGGAAGUGAGAGCGUCUGGGAAAAAGGAUCUGGGACCGUUUCCAAUUUCUGGGGUUCACUUUGCAGGCUGCAUUUUGCAGGACGUUCAGUCUCCAGAUAGGAGAUAAGUCUGCAGAAGAAUGCACUUGACUGGGUUUAAGUAACAAGAGGACCUGUUCCUAUCAGUUACUGAAGUCAUAAAACUUUUUAAAUUAAAACUGUACCAUAAUGAGGUGUUGUCAUAUCUGCAAACUUCCUGGAAGAGUGAUGGGGAUUCAGGUGCUUCGUUUCUCUUUGGUUGUCAUCCUUGUAUUACUCCUGGUCGCCGGAGCUUUGACCACUUUGCUUCCUAAUAUCAAAGAGGACAAGAUACUUACUUUGCGUAGGGAAAUCAAACCCCAGGGCAAGUCCACCCUGGAUUCCUUCACUCUCAUUAUGCAGACUUAUAACAGAACUGAUCUCUUAUUGAGACUUUUAAAUCAUUAUCAAGCGGUACCACAUCUGCACAAAGUGAUUGUGGUAUGGAACAAUAUUGGGGAGAAGAGUCCAGAUGAAUUAUGGAAUUCUCUAGGGCCUCACCCUAUUCCUGUGAUCUUCAAACUACAGAGAGUCAACAGGAUGAGAAAUAGACUCCAGGCCUUUCCAGAACUGGAAACCAAAGCGGUAUUAAUGGUAGAUGAUGACACAUUAAUUAGUGCCCAAGACCUUGUUUUUGCUUUCUCCGUUUGGCAGCAAUUUCCUGAUCAAAUUGUAGGAUUUGUUCCUCGAAAGCAUGUCUCUACUUCAUCAGGCAUCUACAGUUAUGGAGGUUUCGAAUUGCAAACACCAGGAUUUGGAAAUGGUGACCAGUAUUCCAUGGUGUUGAUUGGAGCAUCGUUUUUCAAUAGUAGAUACCUUGAACUCUUUCAGAGACAACCUGCUGCCGUCCAUGCUUUAAUAGAUGAAACACAAAACUGUGAUGAUAUUGCCAUGAAUUUUAUCGUUGCCAAGCAUACAGGAAAAACUUCUGGGAUAUUUGUGAAGCCUGUAAACAUGGGCAACUUAGAAAAAGAAACCAACGGCGGCUAUUCUGGAAUGUGGCACCGAGCUGAACACUUUCUGCAGAGGUCUUACUGUAUAAAUAAGCUUGCUAGUAUCUAUGCUAGCAUGCCCUUAAAAUAUUCCAACAUUAUGAUUUCUCAGUUUGGUUUUCCAUAUGCCAACCACAAAAGUAAAAUGUAAAAGUAAAACAAAUAAGCAAAAACAAGCAUCAAAACUGCUUAGUAUUUGAAGGAGCUUCUCCAGAGUGUCUGGUGUUUUGCAUUUUUCAAGUGUCAUCU